CAGAGGGUUCAAAAAAGGCACAAAAAUAAUAAAGGGAAAGGAUUGACGAAACAGAGUGAAGCUUAGCCAUGGCGUCUCUGCUCAGUCCCUCUGCAGCAAUUUCUCUUCAAUACAAGCUGAACCGUUCAAUUGCAAGUGCCCUAUCUGCACAUACUCCAUCCAAAGUUUCCCAUGCUUUUACCGGAGAUGGGAGAUGUCGAAGGCUGAGUUUCAAGACAAAAGCUGCAGGUCCCGUUGAAGGAAAUGUACUCGACAAAGAAUCAGCUAGUACCAAUGACAAGAUAGAUUAUGGAGUUGUUGGUAUGCACCAUGUCGGGAUUCUGUGUGAAAACCUUGAAAGAUCACUUGAAUUUUAUCAGAAUAUUUUAGGUCUUGAAAUAAAUGAGGCUAGGCCUCAUGAUAAGCUUCCAUAUAGGGGUGCUUGGUUGUGGGUAGGUUCUGAGAUGAUUCAUUUGAUGGAACUUCCGAAUCCAGACCCCUUAACUGGAAGACCCGAACAUGGAGGCCGUGACCGUCAUGCUUGUAUUUCAAUUCGAGAUGUAUCUAUGUUGCAAGCAAUCCUUGACAAAGCUGGUAUUCCCUACACUCUUAGCCGAUCCGGGAGGCCGGCAAUUUUUACACGAGAUCCAGAUGCAAAUGCUCUAGAAUUCACACAAGUUUGACGCCUUAGAUGUUUUAGCAUUCAAAACUGGAUUUCUUCAAAGAUAAUAUCCCAGGUCCCUUUUUCUCUCUGGAUACAGAUCAUGUAUAUAAUAAUAGAAAAUCUUUAUAAUAGAGUUUGUCUUCUUUCAUGCAUACUAAAAAGUGAUGUGCAAAAUCACAUUUUAUGUGCAAAUCUAGUUGUAGACAUCAUCCUGUGCCCUCAUUUUUUCUAUCUAUUCCUAUUUGAUUUCUU